AGCUCCCAUAGCUGGCCAGAUCAUUUGUGUCAUGACAUGGGAUCAAAGAUGAGGCGUGGCAGGUACGGACCGUCGGACAGCUGUCCGGAGACAGGUGUGACCACACUAAGCGUCACCCAGCUACAGGUCGACCAUCACACGGCGGGUUGUCUGUCCGGAGAGACCAAAGGGACAUUAGUUAAUUCAGGUAACGCACUCAGCCGCAGUCUACCGGAACUGGACACCGGGCCCCAGGGACAGCCCAUACUGGUUCAGAAUAAGGAGUCCCCAGAAGGAUGGGCCCCCAAAUUGACCGAAAGUUCCCCCAUAACGAAAGUUUACAAGCGCCGCUGGAUCAUAGUGACUCUGUUCUGUUUGUACUCCAUGAGCAAUGCCUACCAGUGGAUUCAUUUAAACAUCAUCGCCAACAUCAUCACCAAAUAUUACAACGCGAGUCUUCCCGAGGACCGCUUCCAAAGGGAGACAACUGUGGACUGGCUGUCCAUGAUCUACAUGUUGGCCUACAUUCCACUCAUAUUUCCAUCCACUUUCUUACUCAACAAGAAGGGCCUCCGUGUUUGUGCCCUCGCCGGGGCCUUUCUGAACGCCCUAGGGGCGUGGCUGAAGGUCGCUUGCAUCUCUCCAGACCGUUUCGCAAUACUGAUGUUUGCGCAGACUGUUUGUGCGAUUGCGCAAAUUUUCAUUCUUGGACUUCCUGCAAAAAUUGCCGCAGUUUGGUUUGGACCCAAUGAAGUCUCCACCGCUACCUCUCUCGGAGUUUUCGGGAAUCAGGUGGGCGUGGCCAUAGGCUUCCUGGUGCCCCCUAUCCUGGUCCCGAACAGCGACUCGCUGGAUCAAAUCGGGGACGAUCUGAGUAUUAUGUUCUACGCAGGCGCCGGCUACAUGACGCUCCUCUUUAUCCUCGUCAUCAUCAUUUUCAAGGAAAGACCUCCUCACCCGCCAAGUAAGGCCCAAAUGCUGGCGUUACAGAACGUGCACGAAGAGCAUUAUGGGAGAUCUCUACUCAAUCUGUUCAAGAACGUCGGGUUUGACAUUCUUACAAUUACAUAUGGUGUUAACACCGGCUGUUAUUAUGCCAUCUCCACGUUACUAAACCCCAUCAUCUUGGAUUACUUCCCGGGACAUGAAGAGAGCGCGGGACAGAUUGGUUUAACCAUUGUCAUAGCCGGAGUGGGCGGGUCUAUCGCGGCCGGGAUCUGGCUCGACAGAACAAGGACCUACAAAGGCACAACGCUAGGUAUAUACUUCCUGUCCAUGGCGGGGAUGGUAGCCUUCACCUUUACCCUUGACCUAAGUCUGCUAUGGGUUGUAUUUCUAUGCGCGGGGGCAUUAGGUUUCUUUAUGACUGGGUAUCUUCCGGUUGGUUUUGAAUUUGCCGCCGAAAUCACCUACCCUGAAUCGGAAGGAACGUCUUCCGGCUUGUUGAAUGCUUCUGCGCAGUUUUUCGGAAUAAUCCUGACAAUAGGUUGUAGAGCAAUGAUUAACAAGGUGGGGACGCUAGGUUCCAACAUCCUGAUCUCUGGCACUCUCCUGUUGGGAACUAUAUGUACAGGAUUCAUUGCAGCCGAUUAUAGGCGUCAAGAAGCGGGGAAAGAGUACACAAAUUUCGAGAUCAACAUUCCAUCAGAGGGCAAGCCUGAAGCCUGAUACUGGAUCAAAUGGAUAACGUUAUGCAGAUAGAAAUAUCAGAGAAAGAGUCCGAGAAGUCCCGAAUAGCAGAGCCAAGGAGCCGUGACAAUCAGAUAUGACAUUGUCAAUAGACAUUAACUUCUGUACAGUGCUAAUUUAGAACCGGUCAAACCGAUUGAGAAUAGACGAAUGUGUACAAUCAACAGGUGCUACAAGAACACUAGGAUAUUAUGUUUGACAUAAUGAAUGACACUCACUAGGCUUUUUUAGAUAGUUUUUUUAAGUGCUACAUGGUAUUGCAGUGUGGGGUAGGGGGAUCAGAAUAGUGAUAGCAAUAUGUCAAAUAUUUAAUUUUGCUAACAAACAUCUCAUCUCCAUGAAAAACCUUUAUUUCUUUGAAGCACAGAUAAAGCUUCUUGACAGGACAUGAAUUUGGAAACAACACAAUCUAUAAUAUAACGGAGAUUGAUUUGGUUAACAAAAUAAUGUUUUGAAAAACUAUUUUCUAUUUAACAAUUUCAGUGAUGAGUGGUUUUUUAUUGAAAAUAAAUUUUUAAUAAAGGGUUUAGAAGAAUAAAUCCUGCCAAAAUAUG